CUCCAAUGUUAUAAUUUGUUGACGUUUAUAUAUUCGUACGCUUGCUUGCUCUGCUUGCUCUCGUUCUCACAUGGAAGCGGGCGUGCGACCCUUGAACGGAGCAGGGCCCGGGCCCAGUCCUGUGGAUUUAUUAGAGCACCCUUUUGCAGUAACGACGGCUGUAACUCCAUCUGACCCGCCUGCUAGCAACUUGGUAGCAACCUCACAUCCCGAGCCCUUGCAUGGACAAGACACAUCUUCAUCGACAACUAUUCCUCGACUAGCAUCUAUCAAUGGCUUUACCGAUAAUAGAGAUGAGCCUCAGAGAUGGGGAACCCUUCGUCAGGAGGACAGCCAACCCGACAUGGGCGUCAGUGGCGCGGCAACAGGGCGCAGCAGCGAUUCUGUGCCCCUUCCCGGGGUUGACAGCCUGGGCGACCAGGAGGUUGUGGUGCUGACGCCGAGCCGCUUGCGACUGGACUCCCGUGUGGUGCUAGCCCAUGCAACGCUGCAAUGGCUGACCAACGCAGUCUGGGCGGUGCUGAUUUGGCAAAAGCUCGAGGGUCGGCUGUCCUGGAGCUGGUGGGGGGUGUUCUCCCCCGCCAUCCUAAACCACGCACUGCACCUGCCGCUGCAGCUGGGGGUGCUGCUGGCGGCGGACUCCUUCAUCCACAAGCAGAUCGGCCCCCCUCCGCCCGCCUCCGCCUCCCCCGGCCUGGUGCUGCAGUACGCCAUCAUCCGCGCCGUACGACUGCGGUCGCACCGGGUGGACUGGUGCAACGGGGCGCUGGAGUCGGCGGCAACAGGGGUGGUCAAGCUGCUGUUCUGCGACGCACUGCAGCGGGGCCGUCUGGCCUCCACCUCCCUGCGACUCAUGUUCACCCCCAUAUGGGCCUGCUGGGGUGUGAGUGUGUUGCUGCUGUGCUUCAAGGACCGGUCGGAGCGCAUGUUCGGCAGCACCCGCGACCUGCUCUUCAUAUUCCUGCUCUUCGUGGCGUUCAAGGUUGACGAGCAGAGCAGCUACUCCUGGCGGGUGGUGUUCCUGGUGCCCUGGAUGUGGUUCAGCGGUCUGCUGCUGGUGGCGACCUUGGUGUUGCUGCUGCUGCUGUUCGCUCGCUGCUGGUCCCGCCCGCGCGAGCUGCUGCUGCCGCUGGGCUUCUGCGCGCUGCUGCUGGCCAGCCUGCCGCAGUUCAUGUCGUACAUCGCGCUGGUGCGGAGGCUGGACGGGGACAGCAGCACCAGCUACAGGUCCAUCCUUGCCCCCAACGCGCUGUCCUGGCUACUCAUGUGGCUGUCCUCGCUGCUGGUGGCCGCCGCGCUGCGAGCCAAGGAGGCGGUGCGGGAGGGGCUGCUGGCGCGGGGGGCGGUGUGGACGGCACACGAGGCGGUGGCGCGGCGGCUGCAUGCGGAGCGGGAGGAGGCGAGGAGGCGGGUGGAGCAGCUGUCGGAUGAGGAGGUAUCCCGGCUGGUCGCCUCCAUGAUGGCCGGCAAGUCCAAGCCCGGCCGCCUGCGCCGAGUGGGGGCCACCCUGUACAAGCGCAUCGCGUCGCUGGAGCCGGCACUGAGGGGGGGAGGGGAGGUGCAGCUGCCCUCCCUCUCCGGCGCCCCUGGCUCGCUGUCCACCCGCCCGGGCACUGGCAAGGGGAACCGGGUGGCGCCGGCACCAGCAGCAGCAGCAGCAGGUGGGGCGCAGGAGGUACCACCGGGGCAGCCGCCCGCCUCCGCUGCCUCCACUGCAGCUGCUGGCCCUCUCCCGUCUCUCGCUGCCCCCACCACCGCCCCCGGUUCCUCGGUGCGGUCGGGGCGCUGGCUGCUGGACCUGUCAGCAGACGGGGCCGCGGCAGGGGCGGCGGGGGCAGGAGAGGCAGCAGCAACGGCGGCGGCAGGGGCAGCGGGCGGGCUGAGUGGGUCCGAGGGGCGCGAGGCGGACCUGGAUGUGGAGAGGGGUGGCGGCUCCUUCCGCCCCGCCCCCCGACUGGCCUCAGACCACCCGCAGCACCCCCCACCGCCGCCCAACCCCCCGGCCCCCGCCCUGCUGCCUGAGGUGCAGCUGGCGAGCUGCGGCAGCCCCCGGGGGGGCAGUGCGGCCCCGCACCCGCACCCUUCACCGCCCUCACUCUCCUCGAGAAGCAGUGGUCCGUACCGGGGGGCACCGCCCUGCACCUCCGCCUCCACCCCCGGGGUGGGUGGUGCCCCGCAGCAGUCGGGGGUGCUGCCGCUGCAACCCGCAGCACCCGCAGCAGCAGCCUCCUCACAGCCAGCUGCUGCUGCCGGCUGGGGGGAGGGAGACGCCUUGCAGCCGGCAGCAGCGGGGUCGCCGAGGGGCGGGGGCAGGGGCGGGUGGGGCCCGGCGGACGGGCCUUCUGCCGCCGCCGCCGACUCCUCGGGCGGCUCAGCGGCGGGGAGGGAGGGGCCGUACCCGCCUGGGUUGGACAGCCCCCGAGGGGCGGGGGCGGGACAGGAGCAGGGGCAGCAGCCAGGGGGCGCGAGUGGUGGGGGCGGCAGCAGCCAGCUGCCGCCUCCUCCUGCUGCUGCUGCUGCUGCCUCGCUACCCCAUCUCCGCACCGCCUCCUCCUCCUCCUCCUCCUCCUGCCGCAGCAGCAGCAGCAAGCGCGCGCCCGCGGUGCUGCUGCCUGAGGCGGCCGGCGGGGGUGUCGGGGGGCAGCCGGAGGUGGAGGUGCAAGCGGAGGUCCAGGAGGAGGAGGAGGAGACGGCGACAGCGGCAGAGCACCCCGGUGGCAUUGGGCAGCAGCAGCAGCCGGCUGACAGCGACGCAGCCCCCAGCUCCUCAACCGCCCCUCCCUCCGCCCCCGCCUCCGCCCCUGCUGCCCCCGCCUGCCGCCCCCCCAGCCCCCCCGACCCCGACGAUGGCAGCUGCGUCAUCUGCUACGACGCCGCCGCCAGCUGCGUGUUCCUGGAGUGCGGGCACGGCGGCUUCUGCAGGCGUUGCGCUUACCGGCUGUUCGUGCGGCCACCCAACGAGUGCCCAACCUGCCGGGCCCCAAUCGAGCAGGUGGUGGAGGUGGAGGAGGAGGCGCCG